GGGGAAUUACCUAUAUGAAUUGGCGGGGCCGGCAGACGUUAUAAUUACUGUCUGUGAAGACGUCUGCAACUAUUAUUUCAAGGGACUCAUUCGUCUACUCAUUGAACUUUCUUUGUGGUCUUAUACCAGUUAUCGAUCUUUCUUUUCUCUUGCGAAUCAAUCCGGUGUCUUAACACGCCAUUUAUCAAACCCAAUGACAACCUUCACGAAGCUCAGUAGCGCGGAGGCGCCUGGGAUUUCCGUCCACUCAAACCGGCGCAUUUCCAAAAUCAAUCCCAAUAUAUAUGCUGGUUUUACAGAGCACAUGGGUCGCUGCAUCUAUGGGGGUAUCUACGAUCCUGGGAACCCGCUGUCAGACGAGAAUGGCUUCAGGAAGGAUGUGCUCGAGGCUUUGAAAGAGCUUAAUAUCCCUGUUGUUCGCUACCCUGGGGGUAAUUUCAUGGCAACUUACCAUUGGAUCGAUGGAGUCGGUCCGAAGGAUCAACGCCCUUCACGCCCUGAAUUGGCGUGGUUAGGGACGGAAACAAAUCAGUUCGGAACUGACGAGUUCAUGAAGUGGUGUGAGGCCCUUGGAACUGAGCCCUAUUUCUGUUUGAACUUUGGGACAGGGACUCUCGACGAAGCCCUUGCCUGGGUCGAAUAUUGCAAUGGCACCAGAGACACCUACUAUGCCAACCUCCGACGCAAGAAUGGGCGUGAAGAACCAUAUAAUAUUAAGUACUGGGCCCUGGGAAAUGAGACAUGGGGUCCGUGGCAGGUUGAGCAGAUGACCAAGGAAGACUACGCACACAAGGCCUUCCAGUGGGCGAAAGCUCUCAAACUCCUAGACCCUAGUCUAAUUCUGGUCCUUUGCGGACAAGACGGCACCGCGUCGUGGGAUUACUAUACCCUCAAACACUGUCUUCUGCCCGCGUUUUCUCCACUCUCGACCAGCACUGUCCCCCUCAUCGAUAUGCACAGCAUCCACCUAUACACCUCCUCAUCAUCCCACCUCCCCAAUGUCACUGCCCCGCUCGCAGCCGAGCGCGCCAUCGAAAUCACCUCCUCCCUGAUCGACCUUGCACGAAUCGAGAACGGAGUCCCACCCGAGCAGCUCCGCCCCACCAUCUGCUUCGACGAGUGGAACGUGUGGGAUCCCAUCCGCGCCGAAGGCAGCAAAGGCGCCGAAGAAUGCUACACACUAUCCGAUGCGCUCGCCGUCGCCGUGUACCUCAACGUCUUCGUCCGCAAAAGCAAAGACGUCGGCAUGGCGUGCAUCGCACAGACCGUCAACGUCAUCUCCCCCCUCAUGACGACCAAAGACGGCAUCACGAAACAGACCACCUGGUGGCCUCUGUACCUGUUCUCGAAGUACAUGCGUGGCUGGACUAUCAGCGCGCAUCUGUCCUGCGGGACUUACGAGGGAGAAACCUCGCCUAAGUGGGUGCGUGGUGUCAAGGAUACGCCGUGGUUGGAUGUUAGUGCGACGCUAGGCGAGGAUGGCUACGUUAAUGUUGCGGUUGUCAAUAUUCAUGAGGAACAGGACCUCGAGACGCAGGUUGAUGGGACUAGUGGAGAUGUCCGUGUGUUUACUGUCACUGCGGACGAUGUCUCUGCUACCAAUAUGAAGGGGAAACAAGAGGUUGGGGUCUUGGAGAACACCUGGGAUGGAAGGGGUCCGUACGUUUUCCCUAAGCACUCGCUGACUCUCUUGCGGUGGAAACAAGAGUAGGCUGCAGUCUUGGCUGCGUCAUUUAUGCCAUGGUUUUGGCGGAUUACCACUGCCGUUUAGGGCUAGAAAUGCUUUUUGAGCUUAGACAAAAGCAUUCAUUUCCAUUCAUAACUCUAUCAUCGUUCUUCAAAUGUCAUAGCAAGCAAUCAAAGCAGAAUAUUCAUACAAAUGCGACUAAAGAAGGGGAAACCAACAGCCUGCCUGAGCAUCGU